CUUUCUCCGUUUCGUUAAUUGUGUGACCUGCUAUAUUUUUUUUGGACAACUGCAACACCUCCCGAUGGCUGUUACGGGAUUUUCUUUUGUUGCAAGAAGAAUCGCUCCUCAAAUUUUCCGUUCUUUUAGUCCCAAAAUCAAUCUGCAGCAGGCCAGAAGGACGGUGCCUCUACACCAACUCUGUCGAAGUAGCUUCGUGUUGCAGCACCGAUUAAGCUCUACGAUGAGUAAAGCCUUCAUUCAAAAACCGGCGCCGCCAUUUUCUGGGACCGCUGUCAACAAACAUGGAGAGUUUGUAGAUGUAAAGCUUUCAGACUACAAAGGGAGAUAUGUGGUGCUGUUUUUCUACCCACUGAAUUUCACAUUUGUUUGUCCUACAGAGAUUAUUGCUUUUAGUGACCGAGUCCAGGAGUUUGAAGCUAUCAACUGUUCAGUGAUUGCUUGCUCUGUGGAUUCACAUUUUUCACAUUUAGCCUGGACAAAUCAACCUCGCAAGAAGGGAGGACUUGGAACUAUGCAGAUCCCUCUCCUUUCUGAUAUCACAAAGCAGAUUUCAAAAGACUAUGGCGUCUUGCUGGAAGAUCAAGGAGUAGCUCUGAGGGGUUUGUUUAUCAUUGAUGACAAAGGGAUCUUGAGGCAGAUCACAGUAAAUGACUUACCUGUGGGAAGGUCAGUUGAUGAAGUCUUGCGACUGGUUCAAGCGUUCCAGUUUACUGAUAAACAUGGAGAAGUUUGUCCUGCUGGAUGGCGUCCUGGAGGUGAUUCGAUUGUCCCAGACAAAAAAGACAGUGAAAAGUACUUUUCCAAGCAGUGAUAGAGAUAUAUAUAGGAUAUCUUACAAUAGUAUUUGAAAAUCUGUUUCUCUUUACGUAACUUUUAUUUACAAGGAAUGAAUGAAUUAUUUAACAUAGUGAGUAGGUUUUUUUUUGUUUUUUUUUGUUUAUUGAUUAUGGUUUUGUUGUGGUUAGCUCUGAAUUAAACUUUUUCAUAUUCUUAUGUGACUGUGUUAUUAUUAAGUAUAUGUGGGCAAACACAGCUCUGUAUUAAACUCUUUCAUAUUCUUA